AACAUGUCAUGGGGGAAAUGAAUCAAAGCCAUGUCGAAUUUUUACUAGAAGGAUUUUUCCAUCUUGACCAGUACCAGGUGUGUCUGUUUUUGUUGUUUCUCACUGCCUACCUUCUGACUCUUACUGGGAACAUGCUCAUCAUCUUGAUUGUACACUACUAUGAUCAGCUUCAUAGUCCUAUGUAUUUCUUCAUCACUAUCCUGUCCAUACUGGAGAUAUGGUACAUUUCUACCACCGUACCUAAGCUUCUCACUGUUAUGGUGACAAAUGACACUAGAAUUUCCUUCCAGUGGUGCUUUGCUCAAUUGUAUUUAUUCCAUAGUUUGGGUAUCACAGAGUGCAACUUGUUGGCUGUCAUGGCCUUUGACCGAUGUAUGGCAAUAUGUAACCCUCUGAGGUACACCACCAUAAUGAGUGUAAAAAUGUGUAGACGUCUAGCUUCGGUGUGUUGGUGCUGUGGGUUUAUGAUGGCAUGCAUUCCUAUUACACUUACUGCAAGAGUGUCCUUCUGUGGACCUUACCAUCUGAAACACUACUUCUGUGAUCUAGCACCACUUUUACGGCUGGCUUGUAUAGAGACUCCCUUGACUGAGUCUGUCAACCGUUUUGUUGGAGGCUUUGCAACAUUGUUCAACCUUUUAAUUGUAAUAAUCAUGUAUUUAAGUAUUAUAGCAGCCAUUAUCAAGAUCAAGUCCAACACGGGUCGAAGUAAGGCUUUCUCCACCUGCUCCUCACACCUCAUUGUAGUGACACUUUUUUAUAGUUCUUCUUGCAUUGUGUAUGCCAGCCCAAAAGGUUCACGUCCGGCAGUCUAUGACAAGAUGCUUGCCCUCGUAUAUGCCAUGUUUACCCCCCUUUUCAAUCCAAUCAUAUACAGCUUUAGGAAUAAGGCAGUAAAGGAAGCCAUGAAGAAUGGAAUCCAGAGAUUUCAAAGUGAAAUGAGGUGUAUAAAAGUGCAGGUCCCUAAACCACUGACAUUAAAAUGAACUGAGAGAAAUGUAUUUUUCAAGGAAAUAGAAACAUAGAAUUCUAUAAUUGGACACAUAUGGAUGUGAAAUGGUCAAUCUGUUC